AUGGCCUGCUGCCGCUCCCCCGACGCCGACUUCGCGGCGCUGCGCCGCUCCGAGGAGCGCCUCGUGCGGGGCGCCGUGCGGGGGUCCUCCACGCUGGGCGCGGUCGUGAGCCGGGACACGCUGGUGGAGUCCCCGCGCGACCCCGUCGUGGGCCACGCCGUGCUGCACUGCCUCGAGCUGCGGCCCGCGGGCCUCGGCGUGCCCCUGGGCCCGGCCGAGCGCGACCUCGCCGUGGCCGACGGCGCGGCGGGCGAGGGUGCCGUGCUG